AAACUCGUCUUGGAUUCGGUUCUCAUGACACGAUCCUUCUCAUUUCCAAUUGUUUGUAGCAGAGCAAACAAUCUGUUGUGCAGCAGCUUGGGUAGCUCCUGUUUCAUUGGAUCAGAAGCCCGAGGGUGGAUCUUUUAUUAGCUAUCUAUCUUAGCAGUAUCUUUAUAUCUUUGUCCAGCCAGUUAGUUUACAGCUUCCACUUGGCUGUGAGGAUCUCCUCAUGUGAACGUACAAAGUCGUGAUGGCUGGGUAUGAUAUGAUAGUGCUACCGGAAGUUGUGGGGGAGGCUAUCAAAUGCAGGCCGGCAAGUUUUUCUGGUUGGUUGAAGCGUUGAAGUUGCAGCCGAUGCUAUCCAUGGCUCGGAACCUGUUGAUUGGUUUCCAGUUUUCCUCGCUGGCUGCCUGCCUCAAGAUACAGAACCUGCAAACGCAACACCUUGGCUGCUGGCUGCACCUCGCCGUUGGCCAUGGUGCUGGAGCUCUCUACUAGUACCACGUGUUGCAUGGCACUCCAAGACGCAGCCAUUGUCGCCGUGAUGGAAUCAGCCCAGUACGGUACAUGUAAGUAGUUUCCCACCAGGACUAUGAUACCGAUAGCCAGUCCGCUUCGAAGGUGGUACCAGGUACCGGUAGCGUACAGUACCGUGGAAACGGGUUGCCCCUGUGGUUUUACCGGUAUUACCCUCGCUACCGGUACCUUCAGAAAGCAGAAUAAUGGGGUAUUUUCAGAUUACUUCACGCACACAUUCCCCCUCCUUUUGGCAUCAACUCUUAGCCAAGCCCGUGCUUCAACGGAGACGAGAACGACGUGCAGACGAGGCAGUGCUUUUUGUGCUCAUCUCCGAUUGACGAUUGAUCAUUUCAUCAUUGUCAUUCCUCUUCAGACUGCCUCUUCCGAGCCAACAGUACUUGACAACCAUGAGCCAAUCGAAUUCUCGUAAACGCAAGACGUGUAGCAGUAGUGGCAGUACUAGUCAAGAUGACUUGCCACAGGAUGAAUCCACACGUAGUGCGAUGGUCGACGACAAUCACGGCAUGCUCGACAAGUCAUUGUCGUCCUUGGACAGCACGAGUUUGGAGUACCUCUUGGCGGUUCCGUUGGAGAUUAUCUUUCGUCAGAUUCCCACUCCUCAUGCGACUUGUCAUGGCAAACCGUUGUUGGCGCGUGCCGAAGCCCGGUGUCUGUUGCAAAUUGUGUCGCUGAGUCAGGAAUGGGAUGUUCUCUUUGCCGCCGCCAAUGACAGUCUCGAACAACGCGCUUGGAGUCGACAAUUCCAACUCAAAUUGAUCAGUUCCGAGUCGUCAUCCUCACAACCAACUACCCAACCAAACAAGAGUCACCCCUAUUUGCGGCCAUUGGUGCCACUCUUGCAGGUCCAAGGUCAGUACAACACGACAAAGACACUCCGGAUAUUGGACCGGGAAAUGCACACGGUCUUGACGCAAUUGCACCACUGCAGUCAAUCCUUGCAACAAUUUGCCGAACACAACUGGACGUUGUCAGACAAUUUAUUGGAUGUCCUAGGAGCCAAGGAACAAGACUACUUGGAUAAUUCACAGCAACAGCAAUCCAACGAUACAAAAAUGCCAAAGGGAGCUGUAUUGGCACGGGAAAAACGGCGUUUGGCAGAAUUGCAAGAAGAAAUCUGUCAGCGAAUUGAGGCAUUGGUACAAAAUAUGCAUGUCCAAGGCCAGGAAGGAGCACCCUCCGACGACGAGGAGGAAGGAGAUGGAACGGAUGAGCAAAACAACGAAAAGCCCGUUGGAAUUGACUCUUUGGAUGUGUCCAUGGCGACCAUCUGUGCGCAGCUAUGGAAGCUACCCAAUCUGGCAACACUCACUACCAGCGCCACAACAACCGGCAACGGCAAAGACCAGCAAGAACAACAACAAUCCACCAAGGUGGGGUUGUUCAGUUACCCGGAACCCAUGGAGGAAGAAAACAACAACAAUAAUAAGGAACCAUCAUCCUACAGCACCCCCAUGACCAUGCCCGGAAUGGAUGACCCCAGCAUUCAACAACAGCAGCAGCAGCAACAGCAGAACGACAACAAACCAUCCGGAGCCAAUUUGAGUGAUGAUGACGAUGAGACCGUCAUGGACGAAAACGUCGUAAUGGAAGAGCCACAAAAACAGUCGGACCAUUCCCAGCAUUCCAUUGUCUCCAACGAUCAAGACGACCAUCAGCAACAGGUCACUCAUAGUGUCGGACGAAACUUGAGCAACACGGAAUCGCAAAUGCAAAAGUUUGAUGCCGGAGAAGCACUCGUCAUGUUUGCUUGUCAAGGGUCCUAACUAACUAAAAAGAGAAUGUGGGUGUGGUUUCCAAAGGGGGGUUCACGGUGGAGCUUUUCCUGUCAAAAACUAACUGUAUAAUCGUUUGUUGUAUC